AUGGCUGUCGUAUAUGAUCAACUCUUGAUUUAACCAUGCAAUGUUUUACCUGAUAACAAAGCUCAAAUUUUUCUCUUUUCUAAGCUUUUCUCAGAUAUGCCUUCUUUAUCAAAAUUUACAGUGUCUGGAUGGUUUUUAUUUUAAGGAUAAUAUAAUUAGGAAUAUAGUUUAUUUUCUGUGCAUCGAAAUGGCAAUUUAAUAGUGUCAUUAUCAUAUGAUAAUUCAAAUAUUAUCUAUUUAAAUGUUUAAGGAUUGAAAUCUUUUAAAAAUAAUCCUUUAGUCAGUCAUAACACUUGGAUUAAUAUUGUUUUAGAUUUUGAUACAAGUAAUCUUAUUUGUACAGUAAUGGUUGCAACUCCUUCUGGUAGGUUUUCAUUUAACUAAAGUAUAUCUUACGUACAACUUCCUAUUUUACUAAACGAAUUAACAUUUAACGGAGGAAAUCCUCCUAAAAUUUUAACUUUGAAUCCAUCUUGCUCUUAAACUAAGAAACUCUAUUUGUAUAUUAAUAGUUAAUUAAAUAUUUCAUCAUUAAGUAGAAUAGAAGAUUAUAUAUAUCAUACAAAAUCUUCUCUCUUUUAACAUUACGACUAUUAUUACACUCUAAAGAAUGAUAAAUUUUUGGUUGGUGACUAUAACAAAUUACAAUAAAAAAUCUUUCUUAAUAUAAAUAAUAAUUAAGAAUAUAAUGUUUUGUAAUCUGGAUAAUCUUUCUACACUGCAAAUAUAAUUUUAUAAGGGUAAAACGAAUAUAUUGUUUCCUUUUAUGUAAAGAUAUCAAGUCUUUAGACCAUUCCUUAAUCUAUGCUAUAGAUCUAUAAUUAUGGUUCAAUAAAAUAUGUCUCCUUCAAAGAUAACAGCUUCAUGUUAGAUUCUGAUUUUUUGCCAGUCUCUAGUGUUACAUAAUGGAAUCAAAUAGUUAUUAUUUUUAAUUAAUACGGGAAAGCUUAAAUAUCUCUCAUAGUAUAAGGGAGUGGAGCUUAUUUAACUCAAAGUUCUAUUACCAUUCCAUGCUAUUUUAUGUUAUAAUUUUUAUCCUUAAAUGUAUCUUUUCAGCUUAGUCAUAUCCGAAUCUUUUUGGGCUCUGCUCUUUAUUCUACUUUAGAUUGCUUUUUGCAAACAUUUGAUGGGAUUUGCAUUAUUUGUUAGCAGGGAUAUCUAUUAGAUUUUUAAAACAAAAUGAAGUGUGUAUAAAAGUAAAGUCCUUAUACUGAUUAUGAUAUUAUAGGGGUUAAAGAUUCCCCUUAAAGAAUUUAGUGUCCUUAGGAUAUGGUAAAUGAUAUUAACUCCUCUAACAAUUGUGUAUGCUUAAGAGGAUUUUACUUUGAUGGAAAUCAAUGUUAAAAGUGUCCUUCUUAUUGUUUAUACUGUAAUAGUUUGUCUGAUUGUAGCUCUGAUAGAGAUUAAAAUAGAAAAUGUAUUAAUUCCAACUAUUUUGACGAUGGAAAAAAUUGUAUUUAGCCUCUAUUAAUAAUACCUAGCACAAAUAAUCUAAGGUACACUAUUUCUAAACCAAAUAUUGGACAGGGGUGCGGAGCAUCAGGAGUUGAAACAGAUCCAAAUAAGUUUAUAUUUACAUAAUUUUAAUUAAAUAUGAAUCCUUCUGAUAAAUCUAUUUUCUUUUCCUUUGGAAUAAGUAUUUUAGCAUAUAAUUCUGGUUUUAAUUAGAUUUAAAUAGCUAGGGUUUUCAAAAAUAAUAAAGAUAUAUUAAAUAUAUUCUUAAAAACUGACACAAAUCCAGCAAAUGGAGAUGUUUUUUUCAGUAUACUUUUUACUCUCGAUAACUCAAUACAAAAAUAAUUCUAAUUUUUUCCUUUUGACACAGUUUGGCUCGCUUAUUGGAGUGAUAAUAUAAACCAUAUCUUUAUGGUAAAUUCAAACAGGGUGAACGAGUAUGAAGAAUAUAGAAAUUACUAAGUAAGUUAUGAUAAUUAAAUAUAAAUUUGCAUAGGUAGAUGUGAUGUUUAGCUCGACACAACCUUAAAUUGCUUUUCACUGUAUCAAUUUCCUUUUACUUUUAUUAAAAAUAUUAAUUAUCCCACAACAGAAGGAAUAGAUUAUCUCUUUAGAUUUAUGGCUAAGGAUGUUUAGCUACUUGCUAAAUAUGCUUUUGAUUCAAAUUAAUCCAAUUUUUAAAAUGAAAUCAAAAAUAAUGAUGGGAUAUUGUCCUCUACUGAUUUAAUUUUUGUAAGCCCAUUACAAUUCUAUAAUGUUGUGUAAGGAUUUGGUUUGUCCUAAACUACUUAUGGAAAUGUAAAUUUUCUUGCUGGGAACACCUUUUAGAUAUUAACAACAUCAUUUAACAUAGAAUUUCAAGGAUAAAUUUAAGAACAACUGAUUUUAUUUUACUAGAUGAUUUACUUUAGUAAUAUAAGUAUAGUUUUUUAUUUUGAGUUUUAUUUAGCUUUAAAUAUAUUUAGAAUAAUUGUAUGCCUAAUAGAGGGUUGCAAAUCUACUUAAAACGCUGUUUUAUAUUUGAAUCAGUCUAAUUUUGUACUGAUUCAUCCCUAAAAUUACAGAACUAUGCAAGAUAUUAAAUUUUUAGAGUACUUUUAGGUAGAUAUUGUUUGUAAUCAAGUUAAAGAAUCACUCUUUUUUUAAGGAUUACUUUAAACUGAAGGACUUUAAAAUAUUUAAAUAUCUAUUCCAGGCUAGUAUACUUUAUUAUAUAUCGAUAACUUUAGUAUUUAUGAUGCCUAUGGAUUUAUUUAUUAUGACUACACUCAAUUAAAUCCUUGUUACAUUUACAUUAAUGUUUAAAAUAUGAAAUGUAUAAGACUUAAAAAUGGAUACCUCUACUAUAAGAAUGCUAUUAUUACACAGAAGUAGUGUUUAUAACUAUCAGUAAACACUAAUUAAAUUUUUGUAAUUAAUUUAAAGAAUCAAACAUGUGAUUAAGUUAUAGUUUCUUCUUAAGAUAAUAUUCUUUGUGCAGUAGGAGAAUAUGUAAACGGCAUAUUUAUUUGCAAAAUAUGUAAAGAUUAGAAUGCUGAUCCAACUAAAAACUGUUUGAAGUGUCUUUCAAGCUAUUUUUUAAAUCAAUCUCUUAAAAAAUGUUAAAAGUGUAGUGCUAUAUGCAAAGAAUGUAUAGAUGAUAUGAAUAACUGCACUGACUGUUAUUUUCCAGAUCAAGGCCCGCCUUCAUUGUUUAACAUGCUCAUCACCAAGUAGGGUACUGCCUUCAUGUGA